AUGGCGAUCAAGAUCGGGACUGCCAUCGCCUUCUCCACCAACACCAGCAGAAGGUCUAUGCCUAUCAAGCGGGGGGAGAUGGGCGAGAAGAAGGUUUACCAAAACGACGUCCGGAGACAGCUCAAGAGCGACCCCAAAGACUCGCUCUACAACCACCAGUUUGUCCACUUCGUGGUCCUGGCCCAUGCCCUCGCGGCUGCCGGCCUGACCCCUGAGGAGACCAGACGGUGCCUGAGCAAGUACCUCCGUGUGCUCACGCCCGGCCAGUUCGGCAUCCUCAAGGUCCAUCUGCCCAACGUCGCCGACGUGCGGCAGCAUGCGCAGAACCCCAACUCGGAGACGGCCUGGACCAACUGGUCCACGUCAUUCCCUCUCCGGGGCAUCUCAAGGCUGGGCGCCGGCAACGUCUUCCCCGCCGAGUACGUCAAGAAGGCGCUCGACAAGGGCCUGGCCGACAUUGACGACAGCCCCAAGUUCUUCGACGGCAACAACGGCUGGUUCCUUUGGGCCGCCUCGGACCUCUCCGCCGAUACUGUUUACGACAACAAGACCGGCGACGCCGUAGUCCACGAGCGCUUCCACCUCGCGGAGCUCGAGAACGCCCUGUUCGUCUCGACCAUGGUCCGCUUCUGGGCCCAGGACGUCACGCGCGAGUUCGACGCGGAGCUGCUCGACAGCUGGCGCGAGAGCUUCCUGCGCAUGUUUAGUGUCCGGAUGGGCGGGCACCUUCUGACUGACGAGGAGUUCCGCCAGGUCUUGUUCAACCCCAAGGACGAGUACUGGCAGAGCAAGGUCGACGACCUGGAGAAGACGAUCCUGUACGUGCUCGGCAAGACCGGGUCCGACGUUGCCUCUCUCAAGGCCCUGUACGGCAAGUACAGCGGCAGAGCCCCCCGCAGGGUCUCUUGGAACAUGGCCCACUGGCUGCACUGGGCUCAUCCCGAGUUUGUCACGCUCUAUAGCGAGUUCGGCGAGGCCCUGCUGAAGAAGAAGACUUUGGCCGAGGAGAAGAACUUGGCUAGGAAGCAGAGGCUGGCCAACGCAAGGGCUGCUAAUACCUCGAAGCCUGCUCUGCCUUCCAAGCCUGUGCAGGCCGCAAAGCCUGCUUCUCCUAAGCCCAAGACCCGCAAGCCUGCCAAGACUGCAGCUGGGGAAGAUGGGUGGACGGUGGUCCCGGGCAAAAAGGCUGUUCGAGAAACUGAGAGAGUUUAG